UGCUUCUGGUCGCGUUGCAUCUCCUCCCACCAUACGCAGCCCCCGCGUAUUGGUCGCAGUCCCUUUAAAAUUUGAAUCUCUGUCGGUUACUGAGUCUUGUCGCAACUGUACUUUGUGCGAGUAGUGCAAUUGUGUAUCCGUCUUGAUUUGGUUGGGCAAUCGUUGGGCAAUCCGAGGCGAACCCAGUGAACCCGCGAAUCCAGGACUCCAGGACCAUACGAAGACCGCAACGACUAUCGGUGUAGGCGGGCCACCUGUUAAUUUCCACGAGGAUCGUGGCGUGAGUGCAGAUCAAUAUCUGGCUAUGAGCAAUGUCGGAGACGAGCGGAGAUAAUGCCAAGUACAAGUGGACACCUGAGAGCACUGCGCUACUCGUCUCGGUGUGGUCCGACCGGCAGGUACAGAAGCAGCUUGAAUAUGCUCCCCGGCCACAGGUAAUCUGGGAGAGCGUAGCCCGCUACAUGAAGAAAAAGGGCUACAAUGUCGCGGGUAAGCAAUGUCGGUCGCGUAUGAAGCAAGUCUUGGUGUGCUAUCGUGAGGCCAAGCGGGCAGGCACUCACGAUUGCGUGGAACAAUACUAUGAGACCGUCGACCGGGUACUGAAGAGCAAGCGUCUGGAGCAUAUCGACAUCAAUGGUGUGGACACCGUGGACUCAACUGUGAAGUCACCACCAAAGGAUGUAAAGACUAACAAGAAUUUACAGAUGAGACUGAAAGUUCAGGAGCCUGUGCAAUCUCUCUUUCGAACGAACGCUCUGUCCCCCACGUGGGCGAUGGGAUAUGAAAAUGAAUAUCCAGAGUCACCUGAAUCCAACGAGACUAUAAUAGCCAAGCCAUACAGAGUCUUUUCUCCUACGAGAGACGUUGCCAUAAACACUGGCGAGCGUUUCACUCAGAUUGGCAAUCAAGCAGUACAGACAAAUCCAAUUGUGAUAGAGAAGCCGAUACGAGAGGACUAUCAGCAAAAUUUACUAUCGCCUUUUUCAUACGGAGAGGUUCCUUAUCAAAACGCAGUGCAGAAUGUACAGAAUCAAAUUAUUCAGGAGAACAUGCAGCAAUAUCAGAAUAUCCAGCAACAAAAUUAUACCGGAUGGAAUCAGUUACCACAGCAAAAUAUAUUGGCGAACAAUCGACUCGGUUUCCAACAGAACGUGCACAAUCAACCAUACGUGUCGAAUGGAACAAUGCAGAGCACUGUGAUGCAAAAUCCUAAUGUAGAGAAUAUCGCGCGCCAGCAAAAUCAGCUGCACCGAAGUAUACCAUAUGCAAAUAAUCAAGCGAUGCCGCAGGAGCCGCGAAAAGUUAUUUAUGGACAAAACGUGACUACAUAUAGGCAGUAUCAAGAUGCAGAACCGCGUCUUACUCGCAUGACGAACCUUAUUCCAAACGAAUCGUCACCGGACUAUUCCCCGGACGUUUCUCAAAACUUAAAUGAUGCUUUCUGCGAGUCGAAGAGCGAUGACAAGACACAUAACUUAAAUGAAACAUAUAGUCGAUCCAAUAAUCCUACGGCAGAUGCAACUGUUCUGACGAACAAUGCGACUUGUAACGACGAUACUUUACUGCUGGAAUUGUUGUUGGAUUCACCUACUCCAUCAGAGAAUUGUGGAAAAUCGCGGGAUAGUGCUGUGAAUACAGAUAUCGAGCUAGCAAUACCGAGCGCACCAUUCAGGAAGAAGAAAGCACAGAAAUUGGAGCAGCUUGUAUUCAAUGCGAUUAAUUCUCAAAAUGAAGUCGUCAAUAAGAUCUUGGCUGCGCAGAAUGACAUGGUGACGCGAUUUCUCGACGUUGACAGAGAUCGGCAAAACAGGCUCGAGAACAGGUUGGAUGAUUUGUUGAAUGUUGUUCAUGCUACGGUACUCAAUAAAAACGAAACGCCUCCAUCACCGUCAUCGCCGAUGCCGGAAACUGUGAUCACUUCCUUACUUCCGCCACCGAAGCCCGGAAUGAUCCCACCUAAAUUGGAUCUAGUUCCUCCGAAGCCUUGUCGCGUUCCUUGUACGAUUCCGAAUUCGAACGUCGAGCUAAUCAAUCAGAAUCCUGUUCUGACUAGACCUGGCGUCGUGUCGCCAAUCACUGUCAGUCCAGCAGGCAAGAAGCUCGGCACAAUAUGGACGAAAUUGGGUCCAGUAUCCACAUCACCGUUCGUGAAGGCUCAGCAGCGACUUGGUUUUCAGCCUGUCUUCAAUAAUGACGCACGCACAAAAUCGUCGGCAGAAAGACGCAUUGCUAGGGAAAUAGGCGGACUGCGUAUGGACAUGCGAGGCUUGAUCUAUGAAACAUCGAAGCUGUUGGAGGCAGAGCGUGAACUCGAGGAAAAGAUAGAAAACGCGCGGCUAGAACUGAACAUGGGCCAGACUUUGACCGCGCGCAGAAAAUUGUUCACACAGCGUGAACCCACUCCCAUCAUGAUACUAACUGCAGCUUUUUUGGACACCGAAUGUCGCGUAUACGAACAAGAUCCGCCUUAUCAUGGCACCUGGAAUUCGCGGAAGGAGAUACUCAAAUACGCGCGACAAGAUAACCUGGUAGCCGGACAGGGUGAGAGCUACGAGCGUAUGUGUCAAUUAAACGCGGCAGUUCGACGUGAUUAUCUCAAUUGCGAACCAUGCGAUUCAUCGACUCCAGCAAAACCAUUUAACAUUGGCGAGAACGUUAAUAACGAAGCUGGGAUGCAGAAACAAACCAUUCAGCAACUCGCGCGGCUUGUGAUGAACAGCGCGAGAUGGCGACAUUCUGCUCCGCCGAACCAGCAGCAGAAUUCAGCCUGUCCUCCAAUUCAAAUGAUAAAUAAAAACGUUCAGGAUGUCGAGUAUAAUGUGACCUUCACUGCUCCAAAGGCAAACGCGCCUCCACCUCCUGAACCACAAGGAUUUAUGAAAGGUUACGUGCAGCAGAAACAAGGCAAUCAUAUUGAAGUAGCUUCUGACGGUAAACCAUUGGCAAAUGAUCUGCGUCAACCCAAAUUCCCGAUGGGUUUUACCACUACUACUAUGUUAAUCGCCAAUGAUCAAAAAAGCGCAACUCUACCGAAGCAAAAUAGCGGAGUAUCUAAAGGAUUGGAAUUCAACAAUCCAGUGACUGAUCGCAAGAACAAUGUUCGCUUCAUGGACGAAGCAUUGGCCGAACUACAGAAAAUGUAUAUCGAGCGUCAGAAUAGUGAAAUGUCCGAAGCAUUAUUGCCUUUUGUCAUAAGUAAUGGUAAUAGUGCGAUAAGCCUGCAAAAUCGCAAUUUGAUAGAGCGUUAUGUGAACGACUUGAUAUCGAAAAAGUCGACUAGAGACAAAGACACGGACUCAGAUAAUGAUGAAGAAUAUCUUGACACUACUACUAGUAUGCAUCCAACUUGCGUAGCGCGUAGAGGCUCACUGACAUCAAACGGCACAGCGUCGACAGAAACUGCUUUUUCGGCGAAACUUAAAGCUAAUCACUGUAGAAUUAGUUAAGCACAGGGUAAGAAAUAGAAAUAUUUUUUAUAUUUUUUUUC